UCCCUCAGCUCAACUUGUGGCCUAUGCUUUACUACUGAAUGAGUGGUUCGACUACCAAGAUUGUGGCUAUGAUUUGAAUUCCGUCAUUUUCCUGUAUAUCUUCUACCUAUCUCUUCUCCUAUUUUCUUUUCCGUAUUCUUUUCGUACCCUUUUUUGCAAAUACUAUUUCAACGGCCCUGCCUUGUUAUUCUAUCUCCCAAUCGGGCAGCUGAGCAACACGUCUACCCGUCGACCCAAACCCAGCUGAGGGUCAGUCCUCACGAACUAUUUCUACGCCUUAUAUCGCACUAGAGUCGCCAUGGUGUCGUACAGGGCAUGGUCGUGCCCAGAAAGGAGUGCAGCGAGCUCUAGCUCCACCAACAGCGAUACCUCGGACCGGUCUAAAAGCACGGCUCCAACUAUUUACAGUGACCGGCCCAUGUCGAAGCGGCACGAAGAGGAAAUGGAUCUCUAUGAUGAUGAUGAAGACUUAGAUCCCAGGGACUCCGCGUCAACAUUCGAUUCAUCUACUUCGGCGGAUGAGAUUGACGAACCCCCGUUGUUCGAGGUGCCGGAUCGCCGGCGAGUUAUCUUCAGACCAGAUGUGAUCCCCUCGAAUUCGUCGAGUUUCGCCAAACUAUUUCCUUCCUGCCGAAGGCUCCUUAUUCGACAUGACGAUCAGACAGAUGACGGAAACAUGCAACUGCGGGUGGAUACAAGGGUUCCGCAUCGGGGAGGGUACCAGCAGGACGUAAUCCUUUUUCAUCUGCGCAUGUAUGACUUGUUUACCAGAAAGUUUUCUUUCCGUCGCUAUUGUCGGGAAUCUGGCCGCGAAGUCUGCCACUCAGAAAAGAGGGCAGCAUCAUCGAUAUUCGUCGCUCCAAUGCUUCAGCGCUCGUGGAGCAAUAUGCUGGCGAGUUUGCGACCUGGGUCUAGUGGACAUGGUCAUCACAAACGACGAGGGUCGGAACAGAGCGGAUUCUCUGAAGAUGGGGUUGCCAGUGGUCUUGUUCGGCCUGCUACACUCGCCGAUAGCAUCAUGCUAGAGUUUUCCAACUACGCCCACGUAGAGUUGAAGCGAAGAGGCGCUGGGAGGACGAAGCGAUACGAGUACGAGUACUGGGCCACGAAAUACCAAUGGCGACGUAAAUCGCGCAGAGAGGACGGGCUGCGCGAGGUAUCUUUCCAUCUCGUUGACAUGCGCACUUCCAAAAAGAUCGCCCACAUUGUCCCCGAGAUCUUAUCACCCCAGGAAGCGAUUGAGGAGGAGGCCAAGGGGGGCUGGAUCCCGCCUUCUUCAAUGUGGAUUAAUGAUGUGUCCACAUACAAGAACAUGCAAGACGUCGCCGAUGUCAUUGUAGCUACAGGUUUAGUCGUGCUCGUUGAUGAUUGUAUCCGUAGUCGAUGGCCUCAUGGGACAAGCACGCCACGCCACCAACACCUCGGCACCGACCAGGCACAGGCAGUCUGACGUGUAAGUAUAUCGGACUGUCCCGUGCUCGGCUUAACGACUUUUCUUGUCACGUUCAUGUACACGAGACUGUAUUACCUUUUUUUGACCCUCAUGACGAUCUGAGCGCUGGCUUCACACGCUAUGGUUGGGCUAUAUCGUUCACACAUUAUAGUUGGUCCAUGUAUGCCUGAAUGAAUGGGCACAACAUGUAUAUGAAUCUAGGUGUUGGCGGCAUCAGGCAGGGACUCGAGAGAUGAAAAUAGAAUCUGGCUGUAUAUUUG